AUGCCGUUUUUUGGUUUUGGCCAAAAUUCGAGCACUACAAAACAAACUGUCGAUCAUCAGAAAGUUUCUGCUGCUGAGAAUGAGUUGGAUAUGGUAACUGAUUUAUUUACAAGAUUGGUUGAUGUAUGUCAUCAAAAAUGUAUCCCUUCUAUUUAUACAGACGGCGAAUUAAAUAAAGGAGAAUCUGUUUGUAUUGAUCGAUGUGUUUAUAAGUUUUUUGAAGUUAAUACAAAGAUUGGUGAACAUAUGCAAACUUUAAGUCAACAUGCAAAACCUUCUAUGAGACAAGCUUUUACUAGAUAAAUUGGAUAAUAUAACUUAAAAACUAAUGACGUAUCUAAAAGUGCAUUAAAUAUAUAUUGAAAAAUGGAACGCAUAUGGUUCACAUAUAAUACUAUAAAACAGACAGAAUAUUCAUAAUCUCA